AUUUAUUUUGAAGGACAAGAGUGAUUUUUCUGAUUUCUUUUAUUGUCUAUAUUUUUUAUUUUACUGCAUGCAACAAAUGCAAAGAAGAAAACUUCUAAAAUAUAUAUAAAAUUAAUUACCGACAAACCAAUUUUUUAAAAAGACUUGUUAUCUGUGGCAAUAUGUAAUUUAAAUAUUUUUAAAGAAAUAUUUAAUUUUUACAAUAUUGUGCAGAUAUUAAUUUGUUUCACGUGAGUGAUAUAGAGCAAAAAUGAAUCGAGAAUUUUCAAGUCUUGAUGGACCCAUCAAGAAAAGUCACAGAGAAUAUUUGACUCCGUACAAAAUCACAACUCUUAUGUUUAUUAAAAUCUACUGUUCUGUUACAAGAAACAAAGUUGUCGAAGAAAGAAAAGAUUUCUGCAUUGUUGCUUUAAAACUGAUACAGUCACCUGAUAUGGAUUGUAAAGAUCUAUUUAAGAUUCUUAAUUCUUCUGAAUACACUCUAAAUCAUUUCAGUCAUGAACUUGAGUUAGAUUUGAAUGUUACAAAAGAAGGAGGUGUAAAAGAAAUUCUAGACCUCUUUGAUGAUUUAGAAAAAUCGAUGAAACCUAUGUCAGAUCCUUCUAGCCUUAUUUUAUUGAACAAGCAAUCAGUACUUGGAUUAUAUGUCAGAAGAGCAAUUAUAAUGUUUCAAAAAUUAACUUUCCACAGAGUGGUUGCACUUUAUGAACAAUUUAAAGAUUAUGUAAAUGAUUGCUUAGACAUUACUCAUUCAAUUAAUGAAACAACACUAGAUGAAGAUAUUCCUCAUAAAUUCAGCACUAAAGUAUGGGGAGGAAGACAAGCGGAACUGCUUGUUGCACAGCAGGCUCAAGCUUUGCUCACUGAUGAACAUAAAGCACUUCCCCCAGCAGAGCUACAAGCUCUUGUUAAGGACUUGUUAAGUUGUAGUCCAUACUAUGCUGAGGCACAUUAUCUAAGUUAUCUCAACUGUUUGAGGGUUAAUGAAUAUACUGGAGCAUUGCAUAGUUUAUAUCAUUGCUUUGAUAGACUGACACCUGUGGAUAGUAGUCCUCGGUUAAAUGAAGAUAAACUAAGGUCAUUUCGAUAUGCUGCUUUAAAUCUAGCUGCACUUCAUGCACAAUUUGGAUACAAAAAAUUGGCUCAAUUGGCUUUAAAGGAAGCAAUAAUGUUAGCUCAGGAAGCAGGGGAUAAUGUUUGCUUACAAUUGGCUCACUCAUGGAAUUAUUAUUUAACUGAUAAAAACAAAGGAUCUCUAAUUGAAAGAUCAAUUACAAAAGCAACUGAGUUAGGCAUGACUCACACUGCAAGCCUAGCACUGAUUGCUUCUGCUCAUGAAGCAGCAAUGGAAGGAAAAAGUCCUCAUAUUGUAUUUGAGACUCUCACGAAAUCAGAUUCUCUCAACAGUCAACACACAAUGAUUGAUUUGAUGUCUAUGAUAUAUGCCGAAAAAACAGCAUUGUGGGCUUAUUACGGGAAAACAGAGAUGGCUUCCGUCUGUGCACAAUUGUUAUUGCUCUUCAAUUCAGGUGAAAAGAAACAGCCAAUGUUUAAUGGUGAAUCGACUUGUCAGGCUGUCGUUACAAUUGCUAAUAUUUUACAUGAAAUGGGAGAAUAUGUAUUAGCUAGUGUUGUUUUAUCACAUGCAAAGGAGAGAUUUCCCAAUCAACCUAGCAGCAGAAUAUGGGCUCUUAGCGAACUAUUACAAGAAUUUUCAAAACUGUUGAAAAAUGAAAAGUGGUCAGCAGCUGAGCGGAUAGCCGAUCAAAUGUCCAGUUUGGAUCCUAUAGAAAGUAAAUUCAGAAUGAUAGAAGUAUUGUUUGCAAAGCAUGAUUUUCCUAAAGCUAUAGAUUUAGCUUACGAACUAGAUGAAAUGGAGAACAUUACAGCGCAACAAAAAGUCAGAGCAAAGCUUCUCAUAAGUCAAAUAAAAUGCGGCUCCUGCGAAGCUGGCACUGAGGGAUCAGCAACAUCUUCUGUUUUACUCUUAUGCUCUGCAUUAGACAUAGCAAAGAAAGCACACUUGUCGUAUUACGAAGCGCUAGUCAAAAUGUAUAUGGUCAAUGUACAGUUAUUAUUGAGAAUGCCCUAUCAAGCACUGAGAAACUUGCAAGAAUCAAUCAUUCAAAUAUUAGCGAACGGCGGAUUGUACGAUCAAGCUCGAGCAUACGUCACUUACGCUAAGUGUUUAUCAGCCAAUGCAGCAAAUCAACCAGAAGAUAAUAGGAGGGUAAUGCUACAUGAAGCUAUAAAGCAGUUGUGCAAAGCCAAAAGUUUAUUCGAAAAAUUAGAAGCCAACGAUAGAUUGAAGACCACGUUGUAUUUUUUGAGCCGUUUGUAUCACGAGAUCGACAUGCACGAGGAACGCAAUAUGUAUGCCUUUGAGUUCAAACAACUCGAUCAUCAAUUUCCCACUGAAAAAAAUUACAUAUAUAUUUUUUAA